AUGGCCCGCUUCCAGGGCCUCGACUCGUCCGACCUGUUCCGCUUCGACACACUCGCCCUGCGCGACGACAUCCUCGUCUCCGACGGCAAGACUGCCUCCAAGGUAGAGUACGAUGAGUACGUCGUCUUCAAGAAGGACAAUGGCAUCCCCUCGGGCGGCGUGAAGACGGGACUCGAGGGCGAAGAGGACAUUAGUUUCCAGUUGCAACACAAGGACGAAGUGCCCGGCCACCACACGCUCAACCUGGCUUUUCGCCACGGCUAUUCGGUCGACCAUAAUACAGAGGCUGACAGCCACAGCAUCUGCUUCCGCCGCAACAAGUCCUUUGACCGCCGCGAAGACGGCAUCACCAUGACCCCAGAAGACCUCGACGCCAUGGACCUGCACCCGGCCACUCUCCAGUACUCCCGCCGCGUCACAAACGAGUCUCGUUUCUGGUCCCUCGACCGCUCCAAACUGAGCCUCAUCCUCUCCUUCUCCAAGAACCCCAGGACCCCCUACGACUUCAUGUCGCUAACCUACGACGUCCGCAGCCGCACCUCCUCCGUCCUGGUGCGGCAGUCCUACCACCCGCGCCAGCACAGCCUCGAGAACCUAGACGAGUACGACCAGCGCCUCGAGGCCUGCCGCGCCCACUGGGCCCACCCCUUCAUCACCCCCGUCGUCCUCCUCCAGGUCCAGUUCAUGCGCACCGAGGAGGCCGUCAUGGAGAACAUCAACCACGUAAAGGCCCUCGAGUGGGAGGUCAGCAGCAUCGCCGGCUUCGAGGCCUUUGAGAUGGAGCGCGAGAGGCGAUCAAAGUUCAUGCGCCGGCUGACCUUUGCCUCCUCCUCCGCCGCCGCGUCGCACAACGAGAAGACGCCGCAGAUUGCCGGGCCCAUGAGCAUGGCGAACCUGAUGAAGAGCGCGCACGACGUGCUCAAGGAGUCGAUUAAGCUGCUCGACACCGUACGCUGGAUGGAGAGGGUGGUGAAGCUGAUGCUGCAGGCCGGCGACGAGCUCGCCGAGCGCAUGUCGACGGGGGAGCUCAAGAUUCGCCUCGACGACUUCCACAUCAGGCAGACCGAUGCCGAUCAGAGAGACGAGCAGGACCAGCAGGUUCAACCCGACGAGCCGCCGACGGGGCCGCCCUCACGGUCAUCGGCGAGCACGCGGCGACGGUCCCUACCGCGGGCUCCUGAUCCGCUGGCCGACCCUCUCGGAAACCACUGGCAUGAGAUCCGGCAGUAUCUCGAGGGAUUGCAACGGAUGUGCAUGGGUCUCGAGACCGACCGCCGCAUGUCAGAGGCCCGAUGCCGCGCUCAAAUCGACAUCAUCUACAGUAAAAUGGCCCAAGAAGACAACGUCCUCAACGCCCGCAUGGCCGUCGCCUCCUCCCGCGACAGCUCCUCAAUGAAAGCCCUAGCCGUCAUCACCGCCGUCUUCCUCCCAGGCGAAUUCCUCGGCACCCUCUUUGGCAUGUCAAUGUUCGACUGGCAAGCCUCGGGCGAAGACGCAGAUAGCACCGACGACGGCGGCGGCGGCGGCGGCGGCGGCGGCGGCACCUCGACGAACCCAAAGGACCCGAUCCCCGUCCUCAGCCACCUCUUCUGGGUCUACUGGGCCACCGUCAUCCCCCUCACCAUCGGCAUCCUCGUCGCCUGGCGCGCGUGGUGGGUCAGCCAGGACCGAUACUUUCGCCGGCACCUGUCGAGGGAGUUGUCCGAGGAGCGGUACUGGACCGCCGACGGGAAGCCGCGGGAGCUGGAGCACUCGUUCUGGUGGGACUUUUUUUACUUGUCCGUCAGGCGGGACGAGCGGCCGGCCCCGUCGGCGAGCGAGCUGUAUAAUAACACGCUGGAGCUUUCGCCGAGCAUGUCGCAGGACAAGGACGACAUGCGGUCUCCGCGCGGGGAUAUGACUGUCCGGAGGGGCCAGAUCUCGUUUCUGAGGUCGCAGAGUAUUCGGCAACGGAACACGGUUGCGGUGUAA